AUGGCUAGUGGAGGAGCUGCAUCAGGUAGUGGUAGUCAACAUCAGGGUGCAGCAGCAACAACUGAAGGUAUGGGUGUUGAUGAUCUUGAUGAGGAUGCUGCCAGAGAGCAAGAGAUGUAUUGGGAAGAGACUUUGGAGGCAGCAGAUGCUGAAGCAUCAACUUCAGAUUCACCCAAUAUGAAUGUUGAUGAUCUGAACUGUGUGAAUCCUUCUAAAGAACCUAUGGUAGUAAGACCUUCACCUUCUAACUCCUCUACUACAUAUGUGCCACCUAGACCUAUCAUAAAGCCAACCAUGUCCAAGAGACCAAUUAGGAGGAGAAAUAUUAAGAGGCCACUACCGUCACAACCUUCUCCCCUCAGACCUGCCCCACCACAACCUACUCCCAUAACGCCUACCACACCACAACCUUCUGUUGUUAGGCCUACAUUACCAACUAACCAACCGCCUCCAAGAGUUACCAGACAAACAAUACAUGGUGCAAGUCGAGGGACCACUACAUGA